CCUGGCCGAGGACGGGGAGGAGCAGGCCGGGGCCCUCCGCGCGGGUCCCAGAGACCACCCAGGAGUCAGAGGUGAAGAAGAAGAGCUUUAUAGGCACAAGGGAGAGCCAAGGCACACAGUAAGAAGAUGGAAGAAGGAAAUAAGCCAGUGUAGAUAUGUCAAAGAAUGUGUGGAGGAGAGUGAAGUGUAAGAAUACUGGGAAGAAAUUACAAUGUCUUCUAGCAGACUGGGGCUCCGUUUGGCUGCCUGUUUACUAAACAUUUCUGAAGCCAGAAGAAAAAACGUAGUUGAGAAAAUAGCAAAAGCUGCUCUUUUUGAAGAAAAUGGAAACGAACAUUCUGAAGCUACAGUGCUCAAUAUAUUUUCUGAUUAUGAUUAUAACAGAUCAGUUAUAACAAUAGCAGCACCUAUUGAGAAGUUGGUCAAUUCCGUUCUUGCUGCAUGUGUGGAGGCUUUCCAGGUGAUCGAUAUGGAGGUUCAAGAAGGAAUUCACCCUUGCCUUGGAGCAGUGGACCUCAUUCCCAUCUACCCUCUUUCUGGAGUAGGAGUCGAAGAGUGUGGAAUGGUGGCCAGAAGCUUAGCUGAAAAGCUGACAAUUCAUGUGCCUGGUUGCAGUGUGUUUCUUUUUGGGGAAGCUGACCAGCCAGAGAAACGAAGCCUUGUCCAAAGACGGAAGCAGCUCGGCUGGUUCUCAAGGAGGGAGUUCAAAUCUCUUAAACCUGAUGUAGGAACUAUGCCUGACAAAAGAUGUGGCUUAACAGGUAUUGGUGCCAGCCCCUAUGUGAUGAACUGCAAUGUGACAAUUGACUCUCAAGAUUUGGCUACAGGAAAAAAGAUUGCAAGUGCGAUCAGAGGCUCCAAUGUGGAUGGACUAAAGGGUGUUCAAGCUAUGGCUUUUCCUCAUUGUGGGAAAAUUGAAAUUGCUUGUAACGUAGAGAGUUUUGAAGAUCAAAAUCCUAUAGAAAACACCGGAUAUAUAACAUACUGUAUUCUUGGGCAUCAUUAUUCUUACAUUUCUCCUCAGUCUCUAGAGGCUCAAAUUAAAAAGCUGGCUUGUGAUGAGGGAAUUAGCACUGUUGGAACAGCAUUGGUUGGGUUUACACCUCAGGAGUGCAAAGACUGCGCUGAAUAUGCUCUAAGGAAAAAGAUUGGAGAAUUCUGGAAGAAACGAGAGGGCAUUUUCAUGUGACUCCAGCAAAUGCUUUUGCAUUAAUUGGAAAGUGGCAGCCUCUACCAAACCCUUUCUUCAUUCAGUAAAGAUGAAAAGAAAAUACACAGAGGUUGGAUUGCAGCUGCAAUAGGAAAAUAGUAUCUGUAAAUGUCAACAAAAAAUGGCCUUGUGAUUCUGCUAUGAUCAUCAGGAGCACUUAGCUACCAUGUGGUAAUUAUGAAAAAUCUUGGAAGAAAAAAAUCAGUCCUUGGAAAAAGAAAAAAAAAGUGUGUGUGUACAUAUAUAUCCACUAAUUGAUAUAAAUAAGGGCAAAGAUAGACUUUAUUUACUUAACUAUUCAUUCUGAAGCACCUAUACCUUCUGUUUCCAGCAGGUUCUCAAUACCUUCUAGCAUUACAUGUGUAUUGUUGGAUAAAGUGAUGCUCUUGAAGGCAUGAGAGACCUGGAUUCAGAUUUUGUGUCACAGAUAAAUCACCUAAACUCUUUGAGCCUUAGCUUUCUCAUUCACUGAGGAAAUGGAAUAAUAUAUUAAAUACUUACUUUACAGGGUUGUUGUGGCAUUUGAAGAUAAUAUGCGUAAAACACUUUAUGAACCUUAAAAUAUUGUAACUAUGUAUGGGACAAAAAGGAAAUGUGCCUUAAAAGAUUACAUAAAUCAGAACCAUAACUAGGAAUUCUAGCACCUGUGGCCAGGUCUGAGUGAGGGUUGGAGAUGCUUCAGGUUUGACACAUCUGUGUGGUUGAGAAGUAUUGGCUAUGGAAAUCAAGGGGGGUUGAGGAGAUAGAACUAUAACUCUGUAGUGUUCGGAAGUCCAAGGAUUGGGGUGGAAAAUAAAACUAAGCCAGAUACUGAAAUUACUGUUGAAGAAGCUGAGUGAUCUGGAGGUACACAGGUUGGAAUGAACUUUAAGGUAGGAGAAGUGGUUGCUGAGUGAUGAUGGCAGAAAGAGGGUCUGAAAUGAGGAGGAAGGAAUAUGUCAACUUCUCUUCCCAACCCUGAAUGUGAGGGGCUGUGGUAGAAAGAACCACUUUUCAAAGAAUGCCAAGGGACGUGAUAUGUUCAGGAGGAAGCGAGGUUUCAGUGAAUACCAGAAGAUAGAGGAUUAUGAAAGUCAGUCAGCAAUGUUUACUACGUGCCAGGCACUGUGCUAAAUAAGAGGGAUACAAAGUAAGGCAAAGUAUGGUCACUGCCCUCAAAG